AUGAGUAUGGAUUGCGAAGGAGAUGGGGCACCGUGCGUGGAGUGCGGCGAGUUCGACUUCUUGCCGUACGCUUGCGCGUGGUGUUGCGGCACAUUUUGUGCGGCGCACGCAACUUGCCACCACAUUCCGGCACACGUCGCGCCCACCGCUCCUGGUGUGUCAUCUACGUUCCCACUCCAAAAAGCAGCGGGGGACGCUGCGAUGUCAAGUUCCGCCCCGCUGUGCACGCCUCCGCAAGAGGCGCUGCUAACGCUUACCGAAGCUGGCGAGGCACUGACGUCAAGCGCGCCCCCCGCUCUACAUCAUCGAUGUGUUGUGUGCCAGUCCGUACUGUGCGCUCUGGCGCCAUGCCCUCAGUGCGGGGACUGCUACUGCGCCGCCCACCGCUUUCACGGUCACGAAGACGUCGCACCGAAGGCGCUGCAGCAGCGGAGAGAAAAUCGGCGCGCCGUCUCCUUGGGACAGCAGGACAGGAACGGCGUGACGACAGUCGAUCCUGUUGCGGCGUUGUGCGCCCCGUUCACGCCAGCACACCCUCUCGUGCUCGCCCCUGUCGGAUACCGUAGCCGCCGGACGGAUGUGCUGGCGCUCAUCAUUGCCCCUGCCACCGCCGCAUCGACGAACCUCAUAGGACCCGCGGUGGUUGGUGGCGAAGCGUCCACCUAUACCAUCGGCGUCUGCAGCUUAAUUGUGGCGACGGAGAUGUCAGUCGGUCAGCUACGCGAUCGACUCGUGGGGUUUCUGCGAGAUGCAUCGGUGCCCACAGUGAAGCAGGAGCAGGAUAGCGAGGCGGCCGGGUGGAUGAUGUCGUCUGGGUGGUCGGAGUGGGUCUCCUCAGCGCACGCGACUUUGUUCAGUGUGGCCCCCGUUGCCACCGCCACUGACAGUGCGGGUGCUGUCAGGUCAACAUCGCGCCGCGUGCCAGCGCUGUCGCUGGUGCAGCUCCCGGUCGAUGCUAUUCUCCGGAAAGCACCGAUGGUGAAUGCGGCGGUGCUGUUGAGCCUCACCGACGCCACCGCGGCAGAGCACACGGCUCCAGAGGAGGUGGUGGCUUUGCAGCGUCUUUUGAUAAGAGUCCUGUACGGGAUGGUCGCCUCCCCGUCGGCACCCUCCUCCUCGACUGCUGCCCCGUCGACGUCUGCCCACCGCGAUGACCGCGUCAAGGCGCUCGCCACGCGUCUGUAUCUUCAACAUCAGCAGCUGCUCCGCCGUACCGCGGCAGACACUCAAGAAGCCAGUGUGGGUGCCGCAGAUGCGGCAGCAGGCAAAGCUGAAGGGCGCGACUCUCAGCCACCGGAGGAUUGCACCGGGGCCUCUGCACCGGAGGCGGGGGCGCUGCUGGAGCCGGUACCCAACGGUGAGGGUGAUGUUACUCCGCCUUCUACCGUUAUCGAUGUGGCUGGCAACGUGACACCUUCGCCGGUCGCGUCUGUGUGGCCGUUUCGACACGCACCACCGCUGAACAGCUUCGACUUCUUCAACAGUAAGCUGAGUCCGUGUGGCGCUUCGGCGAUUCGCCCUGCUACUGCCCCGCGCGUUGUCGUAGCGGUUUUCGUCGCGGAUGCCGCCAUGCCUGUGGCCUUGAUGCCCAUGUGCAUCGCGCUUGGCCGCGACUGGCCGCUUGCCCGUGUGGUGGAUCGCCUGCGCGAGGAGUUUGGGGAGCAGCAAAUGGCGCAGCACCGCGACGCCAGGGCCGCGCUCAACACGUUCUCUGUGUAUCGUCUUGGCAGCGGCAGCGGCGCCUCUUCGGCAGCGGCGGGCACCGAGGGAGGGCUAGCCUGCUUAUGGAGUGGCCGCGCGAGAACCCCCACCUCGUCCACUCCGGUGACGCUACAAAACGGGGAUGUGCUGCUGCUGUGCCCCGCGGAUUUGCCUGGCGCCGAGGCUGCGGUGAAGGACGAGUUGCAGCGACUACAGAGCUUGACGGGGAAGGCGAAGGCGGCGCUCAAGGCAGAUCAAAUGCAGAAGUGUGUUGUGAUGUGA